AUGUACCUUCUUCAAGACAUUAACCAGCCAGCCACAGGACCACAUAAUAAUGACACGCCCCCUCAUGCUUGCUGUCAUCGUCCGGCUGCUGUCCAUCGGACAACCCGAACCCCGCCUCUUUUCAUCAUCCACCAGCCUUCUGCUUGCACUGCGGUUCUGACCUCUGUAGAUUGUCCUAUGCCUCAUCCAUAUGAAAUUAUUUGGUUGCCAGCUUCACGUCCACCUUGCUUACAUCCUGGACAACCUAUAUUUGAAUGGCCAACAUCUAAUUGCUCUUUGAAAUUAGUUGAAUUGCAUUCAAACCAAAUUUCUGUUGAUAACGAAGGCACUGUAUAUGCUAAAGAGCGUCUUUGCUUUUACUAUACGUACGAAGUUAUCCAUUAUUCGUUCACUUGUAACACUGAUACUCAAAAAACGUCUUCCUUGCGAUUGGGUCAUUCCAUUUUCACGAAGCAACAGCGACGAGUCAAGCGUUGGCUCCGUCGUCGAAAUCCCAAUUCCGCAAGCAUUCAUUUUCAACAAGAACGUUAUGUGAAGGAAUUACCAGAGGACAUUGAGGUGAAUUCCCUAAUUCUCUCCGUGCGGGCAACCCAUGCAACAAACGAACCAAUUUAUUAUUCUAUGGUUGCUCCACAGGAUUCUCGCUCUCAGAAUAUCUUUACACUUGAUACAGUAUCGGGCGAUAUUCGCUUAGCGAAAUCAUUGGAUCGUGAAAUUCUUGAUAAACACGUUCUCAAAGUUACCGCCUAUGAACGAAUCGAUUCUACAGUUUCGAGCAGCACUACUGUGAUUAUCGAUGUUUUGGAUGUACAAGACAAUUCACCUGUAUUUGAACGAGAUAGCUAUUUUUCUGAUAUUCGAGAAGAUGCUCCGAUGGGAACUACUGUUUUAUCAGUUUUUGCGAGAGACUUGGAUAUUGGAGAAAAUGGAGAAGUUGAAUACUCUCUUGGUGAUGGAGAGGGAUCAGAAUAUCUUACAAUCCAGCCUAAGUCAGGAGUCAUCCAAACAGCAGCUCCACUUGAUCGAGAAAUCUUGAGUCUCAUAAGAUUGGACGUUGUUGCCACUGACAAAGGCGUUCCUCCAAGAAAAAGCUCCGCUCUAGUAGAAAUUGGAAUAAUAGACGUGAACGAUAAUCCACCUGUAUUUGAAAAAGAUUUUUACAAUGUGACUGUGUCGGAAAAUGCUACAUUGCCAGCAAUUAUAGCAACUGUCAAAGCAACUGAUAAAGAUAGUGGAGUCAAUGGACAAGUUCAUUAUAGUCUUGUGACAUCAACUUCAUUACCAAUAACUAUAGACUACUCUACAGGAGAAGUUAUAUUGAGGGAGAAACUUGAUGCAAAAUAUUCUCCAUUCACUAUAUUAGUGAGAGCUAAAGAUGGAGCGCAACCCGCACUAACCUCCACUGUUUCUUUGACACUGAACAUUGAAGAUAUUAACGAUCACGCACCACGGUUUAUAGCUUCUCAGAAACAAAUAUUUCUCGAGGAGAAUGUGGCAGUAGGUGAAGAAGUUGCAAAAGUUUAUGCAAUCGAUGACGAUUCUGGAAGCAAUGGACAAGUGAGAUAUUCACUAAGUGGAUCACAAGAUUUUGCGAUAAAUGAAAACUCUGGAGUUAUAAAAACUACUCGUCUGUUGGAUAGAGAACGGGAGUCUUCAUAUGAGCUUCAAAUAACAGCCAGUGACUUGGGGGUUCCUUCUCAGAAUACUUCAACAAUCAUGAAUGUCAUGAUACGUGACGUGAAUGAUAAUGCUCCACAGUUCGAGAACAACGAAUACAACAUAUCUGUCUCGGAAGAUACAGAAAGAGGGUCUCAAAUUUUAACACUUCUCGCAACAGAUAAGGACGAAAACCAGAAAAUCAGUUAUCGGAUCGAGCAAGCAACCAAGGAAGUUGUAGCACUGAUCGAUAUGGGAGAACAAGGAGCCUUGCUGACAUUAUCUGCUCCUGUACACAGUUCUGACGAUAAAAUUCGGGUGGAAAUCUCAGCUACAGACCAAGGAGGACUCCAUAAUAAAACGAUCGUGAACAUAUAUGUAGAUGAUAUCAACUCUCCUCCAUACUUCACCCAACAUCCCUUCUCUGUACGCAUCCCUGAAGACUCACCAGUUGGUUUUCAUGUUAUGACUAUUCAUGCAGAAGAUUCUGAUCGUGGAAGCAAUGCUGAGAUUACUUAUUAUAUGAAGAGUGAAGACUUCGAAAUUGACGCUGGAACUGGCCAAAUUCGAACGAAAAAGGAAUUGGAUCGUGAAAGUCAAGAAUCGUACACCUUGACAGUUGUGGCUUCUGAUGGAGCUCUGCCCCCCUUGAACAGUAGCACACAGGUGGAGGUGAUCGUAGAUGACGUUAACGAUAACUCCCCUCAGUUCUCAGCAGCAAGUUAUGAAGCUUCUAUAUCUGAAGAUAUUGCCGUGGGCACUUCCUUUAUGCAGAUAUCUGCUGUUGAUUCGGAUGUUGGGAAUAACGGAAUCGUCGAUUACUAUAUGAAUGAUUCUGAUGCAACGGUCAUGCUUGAUCUUUUCCGUCUUGACAGAACAAGCGGAACCUUACGAGUUUCCGGAAAACUCGAUCGCGAACUUUAUCCCAAGCUUGUUCUACCAGUUAUUGCCCGCGAUAGAGGAACACACAGCCUUUCAUCAUCAUCCGAGAUAAUCAUAACUCUUCAAGAUAUCAAUGACAAUGCGCCUAUUUUCGAGCAUUCCUCUUUUGACUUGUAUAUAGCUGAAAACUCCGCAGUUGGCAGCUUAGUUGGUACUAUCCAAGCACACGAUCCGGAUGAAGGCGAAAAUGCAGUUAUGCAGUUCCGUAUAUUUGGUGGCACCGAUGCUAAGCUUUUCGAUAUCGAGACAGAUCCUGAUCAACCAGGACUCGUUCGUAUUUUAACACGAGCAGAAUUUGAUUAUGAAGCAAAAACAAACAAAUUUUAUUUAGAAGUACAGGCUAGCAGUGGACAACUGAGUUCGACCGUCCCCGUCCGUGUUCAUGUAUCUGAUGUGAAUGAUAAUCGACCAAUACUAAAAGAUUUCAUAGUUUAUUUGAAUCGUUAUGAAAACGAAGCUUUAUCGCUAGACGUUGGUAUGAUACCUGCUUUUGAUCCUGAUCAAAAUGCAACUUUGGAAUACUCAAUGGAAGAAAACGAUGUUGUUUAUUCGGAUAAGUACAGUGGUCGCAUGACGUUGAAACAACUUUGGAAAAGGAAUUUCGAUGCCAGUUUCAAAACAUGUGUUUCAGAUGGCCCAAACACUGUUUGUUCCACAUGUCGUUUUAUCCAUACAUACGUGCAUUCCAAUUGGCUUAGGGAAGCUGUGACCGUUUCCAUUGAUAAAAUAUCACUAGACGACUUUUGGGAUCCGGCUGUUUUCAACCGCUUCAGACAGUCUGUCUCCACGCUGGAUGAGUGGGACCCGUCCUUCAUUCAUGUUUUGGGUGCAGAUCCUGUCAAGAAUGGACUGCAUGUUCACUUUUGUGUUGUGAGCAAAGGAAAACUAAUGAGAUCAUGGAAAGUGGAAGAUGUUCUCAAAUCGGAAUUUCAUCGGUUGGAACGGAUUUCUUUAUUGAGAAUUAAUGUGAUUCGGGAUGAAAGUUGUUCUAAAGAGCCUUGUCCAUUCUACCAAAAAUGCCGACAAACACUGAAGUACAUUAAUAAUAAAGAGUUCCAUGAAACAGAUAAUUUCAUUGCGAAAACAAUCAAAACGUUGCAAACGUUCAUAUGUGAAUGUCCAACAGGCUUCACAAGUUCACUUGACCAUCCUGAUCAAUGUGAUCUUCGACUUGAUCAGUGCUUCAACAAUCCUUGUAAGAACAACGGAACAUGUGUUUCUUUAGAAAACGGAUAUCGAUGUGAAUGCCAUAAGAGCUGGAGUGGCAUAAACUGUGAUGUUCCAAACGUUUCCUUAACAUGCUUACCCGGGUAUUGUAUGUCUGAUUCGUCUUGUGACUUGGUUGGCAAGGAAAUGAAAUGCCGGCAUUGUCCUUUUAAUGAGACUGACACUGAUGAACGUUGUCGACUUCGUUCGUUAACUUUCAACGGGAAUUCCGCAAUUAACGUUAACAACGACUUGAGUCGGAUGGAUUGGACUUUGGAAUUGAGUAUUUCUACCAUUGCUCAUGAUGGUAUCAUUUUAUACACGGGACAUGAAGAAUCUGAUCAUUUGGAAUUAUCAAUUUCUGAUCGAAUUCUGAAAGCUCAAUUUUCUCUUGGAGAUAAAAAGAAGGUUGUUCGAAUGGAAUCUGACAGACAUAACAGGAUAAAUGAUGGACAGUGGCAUAGAAUAACUUUGACAUAUUACGACAGAAAGCUGACCAUUCUUUUGGACGACUGCGAUGCUUUCUCUUCUCUGCAUGCCAAUGGAGAGAAAUCAUGUGCUGCUCAAGGCAAAAUUGACUUACCGGAGAAAUGUCUGGAUCCAGCUGUUCCUUGCUAUCGAUUCUUGGAUUUAUCAAAUGGAAUAUUUUUGGGAGGGCGACCAUCUUCAAAUCAGAUUAUCGAAAAUGGAUACUCUGGAUGCAUAUCUAACUUCACUCUGAAUGGAAAAUUGAUCGAUUUUUCUGCCAUUUCUGAUAUGUACCGAAUUGGAAAUGUUAAAGAAGGCUGUCCAGCAUUAUCUGAUUUUUGUUCCAACGUUGCCACUUGCUCGGAUAAUUCUAAGUGUGUUAAUCGUUGGAAUGGAUUUAAUUGUCGGUGUUCUCAUUCUGUUCACAGUACAAACAGCUGCGAAUCAGAAGCUGUUUCUCUAUCAAAACCCAUUUCCCUCUCUGAUGACGAGUCUUUCGUGAUUUAUGAAGCUAAUGAAGCUGCCGUUCCGUUCUCACUCUCAUUUGAGUUCAGAACUUCACGAGUGGAUACGCAAGUAAUUGUGAUCGAGUUCGAUCAAAGGAACACGUUCUAUCGUUUACAAGUUGAUGAUGGAAUCAUCAGAGUAUGGGUGGGACAGAAUUCAAUGAUUGUGCCAAUGCCUGAAUUUAAUCCGGGACAUUGGAUGAGAGUUCACGUUGAUUUUGAUGAAGAAGAAAUAACUACAAGCAUUGAUGGCAUUUACACUGUGGUCUAUAAGAAGAGCUUAUUAGUGGAUUUGAAUGCAGCUCUCAUCUACACGGGAUUGGCACCUUCAACUGGUCAUCCAUCUCGUUUUGAAGGCUGCUUGAGAGAUUUGUUCGUAAAUGGUCGACUUUUACCCGUCAAGGAGAAGGGAAAGGUUCGGGCUGGAUGUAUUGUUGGUAACCGCUGCUCGAUAUCUGGAGUUUGCCCUAGUGAAAGCAAAUGCCACCGAGAGUGGGACCGUCAUAGAUGUCAAUGUCAUAAAGGUUUUGUUGGUGAUACUUGUAUGCCAGUGUGUUCCAUCAAAGGAAUUUGUGGAAGCGAAGGAGUAUGCCAGGUCACCAAUGCUUCUUCUGGUUAUGAAUGCCAGUGUCCAAAUGGUCGUUCCGGUUCGAACUGUGAGAAAAAUACCCCUGAACAAAUCUGUCCUUCUGGAUGGUAUGGAGAGUUUCCGUACUGCCGUGCGUGCAACUGCAAUGACGCCUAUGGGUUUACAUCACAAUGUGACCGUAAAACUGGAGAUUGUUUAUGCGAGAAGUUAUUCUUUCUGAAGAAUUCUCGCUGUGUUCCUUGUGAGUGCGGGCUUGGUGCUCAGUCAAUGGAUUGUUCAUUAAACGGGCAAUGUUUGUGUACUGGUCAAGCCUUCGGUCGCCGAUGUGAUAGAUGUUCUGAUCCGCAACAUGUCUUGGAUGUUAAAACAUUAAAAUGCAUACCUCUUCGAGACCGAUGUCCAUCACAGAUAGAAGAUGGUAUUCAAUGGCCAACAACUUUGAAAGGUGUUGUAGCGAGAGCUUCGUGUCGUGGGCAGGAAACAGGGUUAGCAACGCGCCUUUGUGAUAAGUCUGGCCACUGGCAAGAAGUUAAUAAUUGGAACUGCACGAAACCAGAGUAUGGUCUAAUGGUGAACAAGUUUGAUGCUUUGGAUUCUUAUGAGCUUCUAUCCAUGCUCCAUAAUGCGACAAACCUGGAAACGACUAUUCGAGGACGAAACUUCGAAAUUGCUCGUUCAGCUGGAGAGAGGAUUAUUGAAAAUGAAUUGAAGCUGAAACCCCACACACGUGUCCACAUGCGCGAUUAUCAUUUCACACAGUCACUUGUUCUGGCAAUCGACAAAAUUCUCGAUUCUGAAAACCCACUAGAAUAUUUGGCUUUAGUUCAACGUUUGGCGAGUUAUGGCAGAAGUAUAUUCGAUAUUCACAAUCGAGUUACUUUCUUACAGCCUUUUGCUGUCAUCUCGGACACAAUUAUUUUUGCGAUAGACAAUCUAGAUUUUGACAACGUGGUUCCAAAGUUUAACAAUUUUUUGGAUGAUCGGAGUCCAAGUUUCCCGAGAGUAUUCAUAGAAACUCGCCAUUCUGACAAGAUAUUUUACUCCAUUCUUCCUACUCCGCGAUGUGCCCGCUGUGAGAAUCCUAUCGUCAUUGUCUUUGCGAAUACAACAUCAAGGAUACGAGUUGAAUUCCCACUGUCUGAAGAGAAUGGCUGGAAAUAUCCAGAAUGUGUGCGAUUACACGAAAAAACAUACAGUUCUUGGUCAACCGAUGCUGUUAGCUUGGUCGGUUUGAAUCUCACUCAUGUUGUUUGUGAGUUCUCGAAGCAAGGAAUAUACACUUUAUUGGUUAAGAAUAAUAAGGGAGCUUAUCUUCGCCUUGCACACUCGGAUAACAUAAGCUCUCCUGUUCUCGCCGUAAUUGCUUUACUACUUCUGACAUUAUCGUUCAUCUGUACAGUAAUCAAGAAAAAUAUAAAAACUCAGCUCAUUCGUAUGGGUUUCAUACUAUUCUUCACUUUAAAUGCUGCUAAUAUCUACUUCGUUCAUAAGAUAUCCAUCAAUCAAGUUUUCUGUCCUGUUCGCAAUGCUGUUUUAUCAUUCACAACGUCAUCCCCGUUUGCAUGGUUGUUCUUAUAUUCUUUACAUUUGUAUCGGAUGCUGGCUGAUGCUAACCCAAAAUCAAGUACAACUGUCUGUCUGUUAAUUGGAUUAGUCCUGCCCUGUCUUUUGUCAUGCGGUUCUUUUCUUUUUGCGGCUCAAUGUUCGUUCAUGCCUUCAGAAUGGCUAUUUUGGUUACUGUUGAUACCAAUAAUUUUAUUCCUAUUGCUCUCGUUUUACGCGUCGGCCACUUCUUUCCUCGUUUCGAUGAACAAACAAUAUGACGUAGUAGUUGUAAAAUUCAGUUUACGGAAAGCACUUCUUCAACAUUUUAUUUUGUCGUCAUUAACGCUUCUUCAUACCGGACUUUCUUUAUCUUUACCGCAUUUGCCUAUCCCUCCACCUCUUCGUGAGCUCAUUUGCAACAUUGUCCUAGUUGUUGUAUCGCUGUAUAUCCUGAUUUGGAGCUUCUCACCUUCUGGUAAAACUGCUGCUACCGCAGAUAUGUGGCUCGAAGAUCCUCAGAAGAAUGGGCUUAUUGAAUCAACCUGUGCUCCAGAUAUUCACAGCCCCCUUCUCGGAGUUGAACGAGUUGACGUUAGAAAUACAUCAGAGUGGAUGCCAGAUGUGAUUCCGGUUGAUCCAUACCUGACAUCUACUCCUUUACCUAAUCACCGAUCAGCUGCUGUUCCCGAGUAUAGUACCCCAGUUACUCGACUAGAUAAUCCGUUAGCUAAUACAAUUCUUUCCCCAGCAGAAAGGAUAUUGAGUGAAAGCAAGUUCCGAUGUGAAGAAGAUGAUGUCGAUGCUGCUUAUUAUACCUACACGAUUCAACGCCGACGACAGAAUACAACCUUUAGCAAAUGA